AUGGGUCCUUCACGUCAGAUCUACCUGCUUCCCUUGAAGGAUGAUGGCUCACCCGAUGUGCCCGGUGGGUACAUUUAUCUGCCUCCAACCGAUCCGGGCUAUGUUCUGCGGUUCAUCAUCGAAGGAUCCAGCUCGAUCUGUCGGCAGGGUAGCCUUUGGGUGAACAUCCCCGAGGAAGGCAAAGCUUUUGAUCGCCAGUCCUUCCGUGAAUACAGAUUGCAGCCCAAUUUCAACGAGAAUAUCCAGAUCGACAUUCCCGUGCAUACCGCAGGCUCAUUUGCGUACUAUGUUACGUUCACACCACUUCCAGACUUCUCUGUUGAGUCUGUUAAGACGCCGGAUCCCAUAAAAAGCCCGGUUCACUACAUUGAUGUCUCGCCGAACCUUACCCUCCAGGGCAAGGACCUGCCAUUGAACGCCCUGUCGAUUUUCUCGGUGAUCUCGAAAUUCUUGGGCCAAUACCCGGUUGACUGGGAUCGUCAUCUUCAUGGGAUAAGUCAGCGUAAUUACAACAUGGUCCACUUCACACCACUCAUGCAACGUGGUGCUUCCAACUCGCCGUACAGUAUCUUUGAUCAGGUGUCAUUUGACUCAGCUUUCUUCCCUAAUGGCGAGGCCGAUGUCGCAUCACUCGUUUCCAAAAUGGAAAAUGAGUAUGGCCUUUUAACUUUGACCGAUGUUGUCUGGAAUCAUACUGCUCAUAACAGCAAAUGGUUGGAAGAGCACCCCGAGGCGGGUUAUAGUGUGGAGACUGCACCUUGGUUGGAGUCCGCAUUGGAGUUGGACACUGCACUCUUGAAAUUUAGUGAUGAUCUCGAAUCUCUGACAUUGCCGACCGAGUUUAAGACUGUGGAGGAUCUGGUGACAGUGAUGAACGUCUUGCGCAAAGAAGUAAUCGAAAAGCUUCGCCUCUGGGAGUUCUAUGCCACUGAUGUCAAAUCAAAUGCGAAGAAGAUCUUGGAUGCCUGGACCAGCGGAGCUCUUGAUGAGACUGCUGCUCAGGCUGAGUAUCUUGAAGGGUUCAAGGAUUUGUCCCCCAAGGAGCAAGGGAGAAUCGCUCGUGAGCACGGUAUUCCAAACGCCAAACAAGUGCGCGGUCGAUUUGAACGUGCAGUCGAUGCUAAAUUCGGCGCUUCCCUUUUGACAAUUCUUCAUGGACCGUUUGAUAAGGAUCAGACUGAUGCCGAGGCGUCACUUUCAAAGCUUCUCGAUGCCGUCAAUUUGCCGUUCUACGAAGAAUACGACACAGACCUUGCAGAUAUCAUGGACCAACUCUUCAAUCGCGUCAACUUGGUCCAGUCACCAAGGAGAGCCCCCCUGAUCGAGACAUACUUCACCCGGCUCCCUCAAAAUGAUGUCACUAAGAAGCACAACCCCAAGGCUCUUGCUCUAGCAAACAAUGGCUGGAUUUGGAACGCCGAUGCUAUGAGAGAUAAUGCUGGGCCUGAUUCCAAAGCAUAUUUACGCCGUGAGGUAAUUGUCUGGGGUGACUGUGUCAAGCUCCGCUACGGCAACUCACCGAAGGAUAACCCAUUUCUGUGGGAAUUCAUGACCAAGUACACUCGUCUGAUGGCAAAGUAUUUUUCAGGUUUCAGAAUCGACAACUGCCACUCCACCCCACUGGUUGUUGCAGAGUACUUGUUAGAUGAAGCUCGUAAAGUUCGACCUAACUUGACUGUCUUUGCCGAACUCUUCACAGGGUCCGAGGAAGCGGACUAUGUCUUCGUGAAACGAUUAGGCAUCAAUGCCCUUAUCCGCGAAGCCAUGCAGGCGUGGAGUACUGCAGAACUGAGCCGGUUGGUUCAUCGUCACGGCGGUCGCCCAAUCGGUAGUUUUGAUGUGGACCUACCCUCUGCUGGUAGUAGCCAUGCCAUUGCUUCUGCUAAGUCUGCAGGCUCAGAAGAUCAUAUCACUCACAUCAGACCAUCACCAGUUCAAGCGUUGUUUAUGGACUGCACCCACGAUAAUGAGGUCCCUGCUCAGAAACGUGAUGGAAGGGAUACCCUCCCGAAUGCGGCCCUCGUUGCGAUGUGCGCAUCCGCUAUUGGAAGUGUUAUGGGUUAUGAUGAGAUCUAUCCCAAGCUCAUUGACUUGGUACAUGAGACUAGGCAAUAUGCAUCUCCCUUUUCUGGUGAUCAGAAAUUGGAGGUUGGUGCUGGCGAGGGAAUCGGAGGCGUGAAAAAGCUUCUCAAUGAGCUUCAUACCAUGAUGGGAGUAGAAGGAUAUGAUGAGACUCACAUCCACCAUGACGGCGAAUACAUCACUGUUCACCGAGUUCAUCCCAAAACCAGAAAGGGAAUUUUUCUCAUUGCUCACACUGCCUUUCCUGGCAAUGACAGUGGGGCAACUCUACCUCCUUCCCACAUCACUGGUACACAAGUGAAGCACAUUGGAUCAUGGGUGCUUGAGGUGAGUGCAGAUGAUGAGACCAAGGCCAAAGUCCUAGCAGAUGAUAAGUACCUCGCGGGCCUUCCAAGUACGACGAGAGAAUUGGAAGGUACGAAGAUCGAAGUCGAUGGAAAGGAUGUGACCAUCUCUGUACUUGAGACCCUUGUUCCCGGCUCUAUUGCUCUUUUCGAAACUUGGAUUCCUGCAACUGAACAUGCGAGUGGUCUCGAUCAUUUCCUCUCCAGUGGAGCAGAUGAGGCAUUUGGAGAGCUCAGCUUGAUUGACUUGAACUUUGUGCUCUACCGCUGCGAAGCUGAAGAGAGAGAUUCGAGUGAUGGCCAGGAUGGAGUAUACAGCAUUCCUAAACACGGCCCUCUAGUCUAUGCUGGUCUCCAGGGCUGGUGGAGUGUUCUUGAAAACGUCAUCAAGUACAAUGAACUUGGUCAUCCGCUUUGCGAUCAUCUGCGGGAUGGUCAAUGGGCUUUGGACUAUGUGGUUGGUCGCAUGGAGAAGGUUGCAUCUAAAGAAGGCUAUGUCGAAUUGCAUAAGCCUGCUGCUUGGCUUCGUGAGAAGUUUGAUGCUGUUCGUGGCCUCCCUAGCUUCCUCCUUCCGCGAUACUUUGCCAUCAUCGUUCAAGUGGCCUACAAUGCGGCUUGGAAGAGAGGAAUUCAUCAAUUCAGUGACAACGUUCGCCACGGCCAAGAGUUCGUCCACCAGUUAGCCAUGGUCAGUGUUCAACAAACUGGACUCGUGAAAUCAGCUUCACUGUGGCCCACCAAGCAGGUUCGCAGUCUUGCCGCUGGAUUGCCCCAUUUUGCUGUGGAUUGGGCCAGAUGCUGGGGUCGCGAUGUCUUCAUUUCCAUCCGCGGUCUAUUCCUCUGUACAGGGCGAUUCAAUGAUGCGAAAGAGCACAUCAUUGCCUUCGCUAGUGUCUUGAAGCAUGGCAUGAUUCCAAACUUGCUCAGCAGUGGAAAGCUACCUCGGUAUAACUCUCGAGACUCUGUCUGGUUCUUCUUGCAGGCGAUUCAAGAUUACACAAAGAUGGCACCGGAUGGCAUCAGCCUUCUACAGGAAAAGGUUCGGCGAAGAUUCUUGCCUUACGAUGAUACAUGGUUUCCAUUUGAUGAUCCUCGCGCCUAUUCGCAAUCUCCCACCGUUUUGGAAGUGAUCCAAGAAGUUUUCCAGAGACAUGCGCACGGCAUGUCAUUCCGUGAAUACAACGCUGGCUCUGACUUGGAUAUGCAGAUGAAGGAAAACGGCUUUCAAAUUGACGUGAAUGUUGAUUGGAAUACCGGUAUCGUCUUUGGUGGAAGUCAAGACAACUGCGGUACUUGGCAAGAUAAGAUGGGCGAAAGCGUUACAGCCGGAAAUAAGGGCUUCCCUGGAACCCCUCGUGAUGGUGCAUCAAUUGAGAUUACUGGCUUGCUGUACAGUGCAUUGGCUUGGGUGUCACAGCUCCAUGAGUCAAAGAUAUACCCACAGGAUGGUGUUGAUAUUGGCGAUGGAAAAUCAAUCACCUUCAAGGAGUGGGCGGGCAAGAUCAAGGACAAUUUUGAGCGGUGUUACUAUGUUCCUCUUGAUGUCAGUGAGGAUGGGAAUUAUGAUGUGGAUGCCAACAUUAUCAACCGCCGUGGCAUUUACAAGGAUUUGUACAAAUCUGGCAAGCCUUUUGAAGACUAUCAACUUCGAUCCAACUUCCCGAUCGCAAUGGCAGUGGCUCCAGACCUUUUCACUCCUGAAAAGGCUCUGACUGCCCUCUCGAUUGCUGAUUCUGCGAUUGUCGGCCCGGUUGGAAUGGCAACACUUGACCCAUCUGACCUGAACUACCGACCAAACUACAACAACUCCGAGGACUCCACAGAUUUCGCGACAUCCAAGGGUCGCAACUACCAUCAAGGUCCUGAAUGGGUUUGGCAGCGUGGCUAUUACCUGCGCGCCUUGCUCAACUUCGAUAUUCUUCGCCGGAAGACUCCCGAAGAGCGUAUCGAGUCCUUCCAGCAAGUUACUCGACGUCUUGAUGGAUGUAAGAAGGCGCUGAAAGAAAGCCCUUGGAAGGGACUGACAGAACUUACCAACAAGAAUGGAGAAUACUGUGGCGACUCAUCCCCCACUCAGGCCUGGUCUGCGGGCUGCCUGCUUGAUCUCUACUACGAUGCUGCCAAGCUCUAA